CAAUACUGAAACAUCACUAGCACAAGUGACAUCAUAUCAAAAAGGGAAAACAAUUAAAGAAAACAUUAAAAAUGGAAGCACUGGACAUUCUGGAGAAGCGUAUCGAUGCCUUGACCCGAGUCCUUGGGCCUGUGCGGGAAGCGGACACCGACGAGGGCAUAGUGGACUCUCUUUGUUCUGCCAACGCGCUGCUCAGUGAGGCGACCACUGGACGCACACAGCUGCAGCAGUGCGUGAGUCGGGCGGGGGAGCUGGAGAAGUACUUGGACCCCAACUUUCUGGACGAGCACCAGCAGGUGCGCUCCAAAGAGGUUUACCUCAAUGCGGUGGCGCCCGAGCUGCACACCCAGGCCGAGCAGCUGGAGCGGAUAAAGCAGCUGGAGCCGGCCCUGGGCGCGGAAUACUUCCGCAGCAUACCCAGCGAGUGCCUGGAUCAGCUGAAGCAGGUCACUCAGAACAAUGGGGAGUACGCACAGCAGAGUGAACUGAUCGAGGAGAGCCUCAUACUGGCCAUGAAGCGGUACGGGGAGAUACAAGAGGGUCUGCUCUCCUCGCUGGACGCCAUGAGCGAGCGACUGGAUCAGGUGGAGCAGCGCAUGGAGCAGAAGAAGAAGAGCGAUCUCAACAAGGAUGUGCCGCCCACCGACUAAUGGCUGAUGGCACACGCAUGCGAGACUGUCGAUAGUAUUUCCGAUCUACUCUCCGUCUAUGACUGGGGGGAGAGCAGAUGCAAGAUGCUCUUUCCAUUGUAAGUUUCCUUUUUAUCAUUAUUUAAUGCUAGCACAAUAAACACAACUCUACCAAAUUAAAC